AUGUUCCUCUCAGCUGUGCGCGCAUCGCGCUCGGCGUGGAAAGGCCCCUUUUUCGUUCCGUUCCCGAAUCUUCAGCAGGCUCUGAAGAACAACGCGCCCAUUCGCACGAAUGCGCGAAGCUGCACAAUCCUGCCAAACUUUGUCGGACUCAAAUUCCUCGUACACAAUGGCAAGUUCCAUCUUCCCGUCACCAUCACCGAGGAAAUGGUAGGCCAUAAGUUGGGCGAGUUUGCCCCUACGCGUAAGCGCUUUAGCUACCGGUAA